ACUUUAGCGAACCACCAUUACCUUCACUACCGCCAAUGUCAUUUAUCGCUAGAAGACAAUUGUCUACCAUCAUUCCUCCCAAGAUUGCUUCGGCAAAGAACCUUGGAUCAAAUCCAAAUGCCAAAAGAAUGGCCGAAGUGGUUUCAUUCUAUAAAAAAUUACCUACUGGACCAGCCCCAGCUGCUAAGAAACCAACUAAUCCAUUUGCUAGAUAUAAGGCAGCCUAUUUUGAUGGAGAUAAUGCCUCUGGUAAACCAUUACUUCAUUUAGCCAUUGGAAUCAUUUUAUUAGGUUAUACUUGGGAAUACCAAACUCACUUGAAACAUCAUCAUUAGAGAUAUAGUUAAAUUAAUAUAAGUAUUGAUUAAGAGAAUAGUAUGGAGUACUGUAGUAGUAUGUAGAGUAGUACUGAGUACUGAGUAAUGAGUACUGAGUACUGAGUACUGUAAUAGUAGAGUAGUGCAGAAGUCCA